AUGCUCACUGUUUUUCAAAAAAGCGACAAACUCCAGAUUAAAAGAAGGCGUCUGGGUCCUGGUCCAUCGUCACCCAUUGAGAGUUCACUUGCUGACUCCCAUUCAGAUUCUGAGCCUGAAGACGAUAACCAAGAAUGGGAAAAAGUGAACUUGGGGUUUAACUGUCAGUCUAUGAACAGUAUUAAAAUUGCAGAUUAUGAAGGUCUUAAUGAGUUUGAUGGUCAAGAACAGUUAAGAGAAGUACCAUUAUUUACACAAGGUACUGCUGCAGAAUGGUAUGAUUCCAUGGUUGGCGCUCAUAUAUCGAAUCCAAUGGAUUCCAAAGUCUCAGAAAUGGCUGGUUCUUUGAAAAAGACUUAUGAAAAUACAAAAGCUCCUGAAAUUAAAAAUACUACAGUGCAUAAACUGUUUUCGUAA